AUGUUGGAGGAGAAGAGCUGGAAAGGCGUCAGCGAAGCAGCUUUUGACAGGGGGUGCAUGGCUCCCCCCAGGACGGGCGACGGGGAGAGAUGCUGCCGCCUCCCUCUCCUGCUGGGCUCGGGGCUGCCCGGUGUCUCCCUGCUUUCUCUGGUGCUGAGCCUCCUGUUGUACUUUCGGACCUCGGAUCUGCAGUCCCGGGUGUCCCACUUGGAAGCGGACAGACCCACACAGCUCCCUGCCUGGCUCUCAGCAGACCAAAUGGAGACAGCUAUUUUGGGAAGAGUUGACCAACUGCUUGAUGAGAAAUUAAAAUUCCACUUGCCGAGACAUCGAGAAGUUCGAGACACACACCAGCGAUGCAACUGCCCAGCAGGUCCACCUGGCCUUACAGGAAGACCAGGGCUCCCGGGAGACAAAGGUGCGAUGGGGAUCCCUGGGAGGCCGGGACUAAAAGGGCAACCUGGAGAGAAGGGCGCUCCAGGAGAAGCGGGCAUGUCUAUCAUCGGACCCCGUGGUCCACCCGGACAGCCUGGAACAAGAGGUUUUCCUGGAUUCCCGGGCCCUAUUGGCUUGGACGGCAAACCGGGUCAUCCUGGACAGAAGGGGGACAUGGGUGCUGCAGGUCCCAGGGGACAACCUGGACCCCCAGGACAAAAAGGAGAAAAGGGUCAGUGUGCAGAGUACCCGCACAGGCUGUUGCCUCUCCUCAAUUCAGUGCGGCUGGCUCCACCUCCGGUCAUAAAGAGACGCACUUUCCAGGGUGAACAAGGACAAGCAGGAAUCCAAGGUCCCCCAGGGCCCCCUGGCCCACCAGGGCCCACUGGACCACCUGGACCCGAAGGAACCCCAGGACAGCCUGGGCCAAUUGGGCCGCCUGGCAGAGCAGGAGAACCUGGGAAGCCUGGCAGAGAUGGAAAGGGCUUACCUGGGCCUCCUGGACCAAAGGGAGACCCUGGGAUUCAGGGAUACCCUGGCAGAAAGGGUGAGAAGGGACGAGCUGGUGACCCUGGGCUUCCUGGACUCCCUGGCAUGAAGGGGGAGAAGGGAAAUGCUGAGAAUGCCCUGGUGGGAGGUAAAGGAGAACCUGGCCCUCCAGGUCUGCCUGGGCCCCCCGGACCAAAGGGAGAAGCUGGUGACGUUGGCCGGCCUGGUGCUGCAGGGUCACAGGGGGAAAAGGGGGAACCUGGUUCACCGGGAGACCAGGGACCCAUGGGCCCAAGGGGCCCCAAAGGAGAGCCGGGGAAGGGUGAAAUGAUGGACUACGAUGGUAACAUCAGUGAAGCUCUCCAGGAAAUACGAACUUUGGCCUUGAUGGGACCACCAGGACUUCCAGGUGUGGCUGGACCUCCAGGGCCACCAGGACAGAAGGGUGAAAUUGGCUUGCCAGGUCCCCCAGGCCAUGAUGGAGAAAAGGGACCACGUGGCAAGCCUGGGGAAAUGGGCCCCCCUGGCCCUCAUGGACUGCCGGGAAAGGAUGGACCACCUGGAAUAAAGGGAGAGCCAGGCCACAUCGGGGUCACAGGAGAAAAGGGUGACAAAGGGGAGCCAGGACAAGUGGGCUCACCGGGUCUUGAUGGCCCCACUGGAGAGAAAGGCGAACGAGGUGACCAAGGAAUGCCAGGACCGUCAGGAUUGCCAGGUCCCAUUGGACUUCCAGGAUUGACAGGAGAGAAGGGCGAGCCUGGGGAGCAUGGUGACAAAGGAAAUCCAGGAGAAUCGAUAUCUGGCCCCCCUGGACCCCAAGGCCCACCAGGACCUCCAGGUCUUCAAGGCCUCCCAGGACCAAAGGGGGAAGCGGGGAUUGAUGGAAUGAAAGGAGAGAAGGGUGCCCAGGGUGAAAAAGGAGACAGAGGGCCACUGGGAUUACCCGGUGCUUCAGGUUUAGACGGCAGGCCUGGACCACCGGGUACUCCAGGACCAAUUGGGGUUUCGGGACCAGCAGGACCAAAAGGAGAAAGGGGCAGUAAAGGAGAUCCUGGAGUUGUAGGACCAAUGGGGCCAGCAGGGCUUCCUGGUUUACAAGGUCUACCUGGUGACAAAGGAAUCCGGGGGGAGAGGGGCAAGAAAGGCUCUAGAGGGUCUAAAGGGGAUAAGGGAGACCAAGGAGCACCUGGAUUAGAUGCACCCUGUCCGUUGGGGGAAGAUGGCCUUCCAGUUCAAGGCUGCUGGAAUAAG